AUGAUUACAACAGAAGAGGAACACCACAGUAAAUGUUUUGCUUUCAUUUCAGGUUCAGCCUACAAGCUUGUGUGCUACUAUACAAACUGGUCCCAAGACAGGCCAGAACCAGCCAAGUAUAAACCAGAAAAUGUGGACCCCUGCCUCUGCACCCACUUGAUCUAUGCUUUUGCAGGCAUGACUAGCAACUAUGAAAUCAAUACUACUAAAGGGAAUGAUGAGGAGUUUUACCACUCUUUUAAUAAGCUCAAGAAGAGGAAUGUAAAACUAAAAACAUUACUGAGCAUUGGAGGAUGGGACUUUGGGGUUCAAAGAUUUACUGAAAUGGUUUCCACUGCUCAAAAUCUCCAGACUUUUAUAAAUUCGGUGAUUCGAGUACUUCGAAAUUUUAAUUUUGAUGGAUUGGACCUGGCCUGGGAAUAUCCUGGUGUCAGAGGAAGUCCUCCAGAAGACAAGCAGCGGUUUACCAUCUUGACCCAGGAAAUCCUAGCUGCCUUUCAGAAAGAAAGCAAUGAUAACAGCCGACCAAGACUACUCAUCACUGCUCAAGUGGCAUCUUUGAAAAUAAAUAUUGAUUCUGGCUAUGAAAUUCAAAAAAUAGCACAGUUAUUUGAUUUAAUCAUUGUGAAGACAUUUAACUUCUAUGGUUCCUGGGAUGCACUCACUGGACAUACUAGCCCUCUCUAUAAAGGCAGUACUGGCUUUGAACAGUCUAAUGUAAAUUAUGCCAUGACAUACUGGAGGAAUAAUGGAAUCCCUGCUGAAAAGCUUAUUAUGGGAGUGGCCACACAUGGUCGUACAUUCAGGCUUUCAUCUUCUAAGAGCGGCAUUGCUGCCCCGGCAUCUGGUUCUGCCGCUGCUGGACAAUACACAAAUGAGGCUGGAGUUUGGGCAUUUUUUGAGAUCUGCACAUUUUUACAAAAUGCCACAACUGUUUGGAUUCCUGAUCAGCAAGUUCCUUAUUCCUACAAAGGAAAUGAAUGGGUGGGAUAUGACAACAUUCGGAGUGUGGAAGUAAAGAAAAUGCCAGCAGGAUGGCAUUAG